AUGGGUUCAGAAACCAAAAAUACGAGUUCGGUGAAUAAUGAGAAGAUCAAUUUGAACCAGUUUGUUGUUGGUGGGAAAUGUCUUGCAUUCCAUGGUCCAUUGCUUUAUGAAGCUAAAAUUUUACGUAUUUGGAAUCCAACUGGACAUAAAUUAAUACUGGAUAAUAAUAAUAAUAAUAAUAAUAAUAAUAAUAAUAAUAAUAAUAGUAGUAGUAGUAGUAGUAGUAGUAGUAGUAGUAGCAAUAGUGGCAGUAGCAAUAGCAAUAGUAAUAACAGCAGUAGUGGUAGUGGUAGUGGUAGUAGUAAUAGUUCAAGUAAACGACACGAUCAAAGUGAUUUAUAUCCUCCAGAAGAUCUACGGGAUCAAUAUAAUUUCUUCAUUCAUUACCAAGGCUGGAAAGCUACGUGGGAUGAAUGGAUUGGUGUAGAGAGAAUUAGAGAGUAUAAUGAGGAAAACAUUGAAUUGAAGAAACGGUUGAUUCAAGAGGUCAAAGAUAAUCAAAGAUCCAAAAAUCAAAAUGAUCAUAAUAGUAGUAGCAGUACCAGUAGUAAAAAGAGGAAGAAUGGCAGUGAUUCAAAUUUAAGUAAUAAAAAUUCAGAAAGUAAUAAUAAUAAUAGUAGUAGUGGUAGUGGCAACAAUAAACGAAGGAAUGUUGAAUCUGGAUCUGGGAUUUCUACUGCUUCUUCUUCUUCUUCUUCCACUAGUAAAAAAAAUUCAUCGUCAUCACAUAAUGGAUUUAACAAUAAGCAUGAUAGGAAUGGUAAUUCAAAUAUCAAGCAAGAUGCCAAUAAUAGUAGUAAUAGUAAGAGAAAUUACACCAAUGCUAAUAACAAUAAUAAUAAUAAUACUUCAUUAUCUCCAAAUUCUUAUCAUGACGAUUCAAAUCACUGGAAUUAUGGUCCAUCCAGGUUGGUAUUGCAUAUACCUAUCAAGUUAAAGGCGAAAUUGGUGGAUGAUUGGGAACUCAUAACAAAAGAUAAAAGAAUAUUGACGCUUCCUUCUAAAAUGACAGUCAACCAAAUGUUAUCUAUUUAUAAGAAACAGGCUAUGAAAAAUAUGACGUUGGUGGAACAAUGUCAAUUAAAUGAGUUUCUAUCAGGCUUAAUAGAUUAUUUUGAAUGUUCUCUAUCGAGAUUACUGCUGUAUAGAUUAGAAAGGCUACAAUACGAGACUCUGUUGAAGCAGUACAAGGAAAGGAACGAAAGGAUGAUCAAAUCUGAUAUAUAUGGACCAUUGCAUCUGUUAAGAUUGAUCACCAUUUUGCCCGAAUUGAUCUCGGCUACCACAAUGGAUUUGCAAAGUUGUCAAUUGAUAAUAAAACAAUGUGAGAGGCUAUCGAUUUGGAUGACUAUUCAUAUUGAUUCUGUGUUUCCCACCUUGAAUCCUCGUGAAGACAGCAGGGUUUUGUUGAAUAACGAGGAAGGUUAUGAUAAUACAUCAAGUCAGUAUGAAGGAGUGGCAUUAGGAUUAUAG